AUGCUUGCUCAGGCGACUGUUAGCGUAUGUUCUAAACGUGCGCUCCAUGUUUCUACAAGAAACUACGACUUUCUGUCGUGGUUCAAGAAUAAGCAAAAUGCCAAGAACAAAGAGCCAGCAAAGGACACCAAGCAGGUUAUCGAAGAUAUUGAGUCUGGCAGAAGCAAAACGAGACAGUCUGCUAAUAGAUUAAAACUCACAGAAGACUCUUUUAUUGGUCAAGAGUUACAAGUAAGCGAUAGGGCGCGUCGCGGCGAUCUUUUGCAACAAGUCCCGUUCAACAUCUGGUUGUCGUCCCAAAAAGUUAGGACUUCAGAAGCUCUUGAUAGAAUUUUGCUGGAUACCUACGUUUCGACGGUUCCAGAGAGCACCAUCUCUAAAAUCGAAGAUCCAGAACUGGCUUUACCCUUCUCAGAUCUCUCCGUUAAGUUUCAAUUUACAAAGUCAUUACAGGCAACGACUGGCAUCAUGGUACCAGACUAUCAAUCAACUCGCUUGCAAACGCCAUUGCAAUUUCGUGAGUUCUUUCUGAAGGAAGUGUUGAGCGGCAAGGCCAAAUUCAACGACGCAGAACCAAAUGCCAUUGAUAUCGACGAAAGCUUUUACGGCGCUGAAAGUAUUCAUGUAGUUAAAACGCCUGCGCCAAAGGACCAAAGGCAGAAGCUUUCCAAAAUACUGUCAGAGGUGGAAGCUUUAGAAAAGGAAGCUGCCAGGCAAGCUUUAGAAACCGCAAGGCGUGUGGUUUGA